UCUGCAUUAGCCUAUGAAUUGCAUUAUGAAGUGAUGCAUCGCAACGUAUGUUCUGUUUGCCAGAAGAUUUUUCCCAAUGCUUACUGGUUGAGUCUACAUAUCGACGAAUUUCAUAAUAUUCUUGUACAAAUGAAGAAGGAAAGAGGGGAAAAGACAUAUAAAUGUUUGGUAGAAGGCUGUAAGUAUGUAGGUGCUAGGCCAAGGAAUCGUAAUGAACAUUUGAGAAAGCAGCAUUCUUUCCCAGACUAUUUCCCUUUCCAAAUU